CACAAAGGACAGAGAUAAAAGCAACAACCACCUCAGCAACCAUGACGGCAGAGGAAGAACCCAAAAAGGAAGAAUCUCCCUCAAAACCAGAGGAGGAGGAGGACGACGACAACGAGGAAGGCGAGGACGAGACUGAGGAGGCCGGGGCCGAGGGAGCCGCCAAGAAGAAAAAGCGCAAAAAGAAAAAGAAGAAAAAGAAAAAAACCGGCGGUGUGGGGGCACUACAGAUCAAGGAACCCGUCACGAAGCCCCCGCACCUGGGUCUGAAGGACACGGCCUUUACGGAUUUCGCGGUCAAGUACGGACAAACGGCCCCCGAGCCGACGAUCCCGGUGGCCGAUCUCUUUCGGGGCAAGCAGUACCCCAAGGGAGAAAUCCAGCCCCACCUAUUAGAGAGCCAGACUUACCGGGAGAACUCGGACGAAUGCCGGGCCAGGGAGCGCAUCCAGGAGGAUCUGUACGGCAAGGUCCGGUGGGGUUCCGAGGUCCACCGGCAGGUUCGGAACUACGCCCAGUCCCUGUGCAAGCCGGGCGUCAAGCUGGCCGAUCUGUGCAGGCAGCUGGAAAACAAGAACCGCGAGCUCGUUCAGGAAGCCGGCCUCGAGCGGGGCAUCGGCUUUCCGACGGGCUGCUCCCUGAACCACGUCGCCGCCCACUACACACCCAAUCCGGGGGACGACACCGUUCUGACGUACGACGACGUUAUGAAGAUCGACUUUGGGGUUCAGAUCGAGGGCCGGAUCAUCGAUUCGGCGUUCACCGUGAGCUUCAACCCCCGGUACGAUCCGUUGCUGGAGGCCGUUAAGUGCGCCACCGACGAGGGGAUAAAGCAAUCCGGGAUCGACGUUCGGUUGUGCGACAUCGGAGAGGCCAUCCAGGAAGUCAUGGAGAGCUACGAGGUCGAGCUGGACGGCACCACCUUUCCGGUUAAGUGCUGCCGCAACCUCAACGGUCACUCCAUCGCCCCCUACCAGAUCCACGCCGGGAAAUCGGUCCCCAUCGUCAAGGGAGGCUGCGAGGAAUCCCUCAAGAUGGAGGAGGGCGAGAUCUACGCCAUCGAAACCUUUGGAAGCACGGGCCGGGGCUAUGUCGUGGAGGACAUGGAGUGCAGCCACUACAUGAAGAAUUUCCACGCGCCGCACGUUCCCCUGCGGAUGCARUCCUCCAAGCGGCUCCUGUCGCACAUCAACAAGACCUUUGGGACACUGGCCUUUUGUCGCCGCUGGCUAGARCGCGAGGACGGUGGCUCGGCGACCAUCAACGGACAGAACGGAAAGCAAACCAAGUACAUGGGUGCCCUGAAAAACCUCUGCGAUGUGGUGCGUGCGAUKCUGAUUGUUUUCUUGUUUUCGUUUCGCUUCGUUUCUGUGCACUGAAUUCCUUGCCGUGCAACAUAUUCAUGUAUGAUUCCUGGGGACGAUUUUUUGCUCACCGGAUUUCUUUUUCCCGCCAUGUUUUGUUUCCUGCCUAUUCCAAAUAAUGACAGGGCAUUGUCCAAGCGUACCCUCCGCUGUGCGAUGUUAAGGGGUGCUACACGGCUCAAUACGAACACACCAUCAUGAUGAGACCGACCUGUAAGGAAGUUGUCAGCCGAGGUGAUGACUACUAGAACAGCUAUUGUUGAUAAAUUCAAUAAGAUGCG